AUGGCCAUCAAAUUCGUACUAUGUUUGAAUAAACAGGGUGCGCUCCGAUUGAUCAGGUUGUUCGAACCAUUCUCUAGCGACUCCUCGAACAAUCAAUCAACAAUCGCGCAAAUAUACAAGUUGAUCUCGUCAAGAGACCAUCGACACCAGAGUAAUUUCGUGGAGUUUUCAGAUUCGACAAAGCUCGUGUACAAGAGAUAUGCAGGGCUCUAUUUUGUGCUGGGGAUAGACCUUGAGGAUGAGGAAGUGAUAUAUCUCUCGUACAUACACCUGUUCGUCGAGGUGCUGGAUGCCUUUUUCGGUAAUGUCUGUGAGCUGGACCUUGUUUUCAACUUCCACAAGGCGUACAUGGUCUUGGACGAGCUGCUCAUAGGUGGUGAAAUACAGGAAACUUCCAAAGAUGUGCUGCUGGAGCGGGUCAACUAUUUGGAUAGGCUAAAUUAA